AUGGACCCGUUCGCCAACUUCCCCCCUAUCAACCAACACCUCGCCUCCAAGGCGGCGGCCGCAACGCCUUCACUCGUGGAGACCAAUGAAUCGCCCCUCGCGCUCGUGAGCGUUGAACCAGACUCGAGCGCGCUCGGCUGGCGCACCGAGCCCAUCCCCGCGACAGUGGGCACAGUCUCCGCUCCCCCUCUCCUUACCGAGGGCGGCUCGGUCAUUCUCGACUUUGGUGGCCACCGCACGGGAUACCUCUCGUUCGACCUCGUCCCUUACAAGCACGGGCUGGAACCUCACGACGCGCCCUGUCGCCUCCAUAUUGUCUUUGGCGAGAUUGUGACCGACGUGGCCGAGUCGUUCGAGCCGUACAAUGCGUGGUUGAGCAAGGCUUGGUUGCCGGAUGAGAUCAUGACGGUAGACUUCCUCCCGCACCGCGUCCAAGUACCUCGCCGCCAUGCGUUCCGGUUUGUCAAGAUUACCGUCCUCGCUGCAUCGACGCGUUAUGGCGUGCGCGUUGAGAACGCCGUUGCACGCGGCAUCUCGUCCGCACCGGCCAGCCCACCCCCUUCCCUCUCGUUCCAGGCCGCUGGCAGCGAGCUUUCGGAGGACGUCAAGGCUCGCCUCCGCAAGAUCGACGAGGUCGCCGCACGUACACUGAAGAACUGCAUGUUGACCGUGUACGAGGAUGGCCCGAGGCGUGACCGCCGAUUGUGGAUUGGCGAUGUCCGCCUUCAAGCCCUCACGGCGUACACUCUCAAGUGGGACACGGAGCUGGCCAAGAGAUGUCUGUACCUCUUUGCAGCAUGUCCACUCACUGAGGAAGGCCUCCUCAGCGCCUGUGUAUACGAGACACCUUGCUCGGGCGGCCAGAGCAUUGUCGACUAUGCGCACCUCUACGCCGCUGCGCUGAGGGACUAUGUGGUCGCCUCGGGAGACAUUGAGACUGGCAAGGAGCUUUUCCCUGUCGCUCUGAAGCAGUUCCAGAUUGGCCUCCAGCGUGUAGACCCGGCCACUGGUCUGUACGCCGCUGCUGAGAAAGAAGGCGACGCCGCAGCCGAGGGUGACUCGGGUGGCGAGCUGUGGCACUUCAUCGAUUGGGCAGAAGGCUUGCACAAGACGUGUGCUGAGCAAGGUGUGCUCAUCUUUGGUCUGCGAGCUCUCAUCGACCUCGCACAGACUCUGCAAAUGCAGCAGCCCACUGUCGCUACGCCGUGGGCGGCGGCGGAGCCUCUUGCUCUCGCCGAUGUGGUAGACCGCCUCGUCGCUGGCGCCCGCACUCACCUGUACGACGCCGACCGCGGUGUAUUCAUCUCAGGACCGGACCGUCAGGUGUCCUGGGCAAGCAACGCGUGGGCCGUACUCGCCGGUGUCCCGACCUCAAAGGAGCAAGGCGCCCGCGCCCUCCGUACUGCUUAUGACGACAAGCAGGCCGUCAAGGGCACCACGCCGUACUUGCACCACUACCUUGUCGAAGCGCUCAUCACUGCUGGCGAGGACGUCCGCGCACGAGACCAUGUUCUUCGUUACUGGGGUUCAAUGGUGGACGCGGGUGCCGAGACAUUCUUUGAGGCAUGGGAUCCUGAGCGUCCUCGAUUCUCGCCAUACGGCGACUUGCAUUCCAACUCGUGA